AAAGCACACGCACACAGGCCGGGGUUGCCGGGCGCUACGCGGACGUGCGUGCGGACGGCGGCCGCGUGUGUAUGCACGAUGGCGUGUGGUCAAUGUGUUCGUGAGCGGCCGAGGCGGCACCGCGCGCGACGGACGCAAUACAGCGCGCAAUAGCGUUCCGUUCGUCGCGUGACAUGCGGCCAUGGGAUGCGGACACUCGGAUGGCGGCAAGUCGUCCGAACCGCGGGUCGACGAGGCAUCGGGAACCGUCACUCAUCGUAGGGACGGUAUCGGUGGCCGGACGGCGGAGGGCCGAGGCGAUGGCGAUCACGCGGACGGGGCCGCCGCGCACUACAACAAUUACGGGUUCGCGGGAUUUCGCACGUGGACCAGCGUCGGGUUCCCGGUUCACCGUAUCACCAGAGUAAUGCAGGUUGAACAAGUGGAUGUCUGCGAAGAACAAAACAAUAAAAAGUUUACUAACAUAUCAAAUGAUGAUUUUAAUAAUUCUAAAGGGUAUCCAGAAGUAUUGACAAUUCAUGGAAGCUGGAUAUAUGGUCUUAAUGCAGGAGGGUCAAGGAAUAAUCUAGAUAUGUUUGAAACAAACCCUCAAUAUUUGCUCAAAUUUCCUACAGGUAAUACUUCUUAAAACAUUAUACAUUUAAAUGAAUAUGUGAUACUGUAUUAUAAAACUAAAAAAUAAAAAAAAAAAAUGUAUUUUAAUAAAAGUUGAUAUUACUCAUUUUCACUUUUCAGGACUUGUUGAAGAACAUUUAUUUAUUUCAAUUAAAAUAAUGUUAAAAGUGAAACGACUUAACAAAAAAAAUCCAUUAUACAUUGCU